AUGCUGGGUAAACUGCCUGUGAAUCAGAGAAAUUGUGUUUCCUUUUCGUUCUUCACAAAUUGUCAGCUAUGGGGUAGUGCUUUAGUUGACUACCUUGACGAUAUGUGGCAAGCGCUUGGGGUGCAAAGUACAUUGGCCGAUUUCUUGGUGAGCGUCGUGCCUGUUGCUUGCCCAGACAACAGCAUCGUGCUGUCUGCCAUUGAUUUCCAUCCAUUUUCAUGGGCCGCUUUGGGCAUCAUGUUCUGCAGCUCUGGACUCAUCUCUUUGCGUGCGAAAAGAUACCGAUACCAGCCACAACGUCAAGAGUUGGCCUUGGAUGCUUCAAGGGUGCUGCUGUUGUCAAGUGUCGUACAAUGCGGUGCAUGUUUCUUGGAACACGCACGACUCAUGGAGCCUUUAGCCAUCUCCUUGCAUUUGUCAUCACCAUUUCUGUUUUUUCGAUUCCUGGGAGAUAGCCUUAUUCUCCCACAUUGGGUCACGAGCAUUGGCAGGGGCAUGGGAAAAAGGCGGGCUAAGCUGACAUACUGCUACAGCGCCCUUGGAAAUCUAUUCCAGGUAGCAGCGGUAUUCUUGAUGGAAAGCAGGCAUUUAUCUGAGUUGCUAUUGGUCCCAGCUGGCGUUUGCAUGGCCAUAGCAUCCUUUAGAGUUUCGCAGUGGUAUCCAGCCCAAGCAGAUCUCAAAGCCAGCAGCUACUUGCUCGCCCUUUACAUGCUGUCAGGGGUAAUUAUUGAAGCGCUGGGCGUGUCGCAUGAAAUAGGCCAGGAACAGAUGCUCGUGGAAUUUGCAAUCUUGGAUGUUGUGGGCAAAGUUCCGAGCUGCCAUUUGUUCACACGUGGCUUGACCUUUCAAGAUAUUGACGCUGCAGAUGCCAUAGAUGCCUUUCGACACCUUCAAGAUCGACUGGAACUGGACAUUCCCUAUUUGGAGUUUGAAGGCCAGGAGGAGUAG